AUGCUUCAACAUUCGCCUCCUUUUUUCCAUUUCCAUUCCACGGGAGGUGAAAGGUUACUAACUGACUUCAUUCAUUUCCUUUCUCCCUAAUAAAAUUCUAACAUUAGACCAGCAAAAAAAGCCCUAAUUUGGAGCUUCAACAAUGGCGAGACAACAAGCCAGCAAACUCCUCGCUACCUUGUCUUCCAAGAUUCAUCCUACCAUUUCUUCUUCUUCUUCGAUCGGUCAAACCAGGCAGUUCGGCACCUCUCAUCCUCCUCCUGCUGUGUUCGUCGACAAGAAUACGCGCGUCAUUUGCCAAGGUAUCACCGGCAAAAAUGGUACUUUUCACACUGAACAAGCCAUCGAAUAUGGCACCAAAAUGGUUGGUGGUGUGACACCAAAAAAGGGUGGUACUGAGCAUUUAGGGUUACCAGUUUACAACACUGUUGCUGAGGCAAAGGAAGAUACACGGGCCAAUGCCUCAGUUAUCUACGUUCCUCCUCCCUUUGCUGCGAAAGCAAUCAUGGAAGGGUUGGAAGCUGAAUUGGAUCUAAUCGUCUGCAUCACUGAAGGAAUUCCUCAGCAUGACAUGGUUCGAGUCAAAGCUGCCCUUAAUAGACAAUCGAAAACCAGGCUAAUCGGUCCAAAUUGCCCUGGAAUCAUCAAACCUGGAGAGUGCAAGAUAGGCAUUAUGCCUGGUUAUAUCCACAAACCAGGUCGUAUUGGAAUUGUUUCUCGUUCUGGUACACUGACAUAUGAGGCGGUUUUCCAAACAACUGCUGUUGGCCUUGGGCAAUCCACUGUUGUAGGAAUUGGUGGGGACCCUUUCAAUGGGACCAACUUUGUUGAUUGCAUUGAGAAGUUCAUUAAUGACCCCCAGACUGAAGGUAUUAUUCUUAUUGGGGAAAUAGGGGGAACUGCUGAAGAGGAUGCUGCUGCUGUGAUUAAGGAAAGUAAAACUGAAAAACCUGUGGUUUCUUUCAUUGCUGGGCUAACGGCACCACCUGGUCGACGGAUGGGUCAUGCUGGAGCCAUUGUAUCUGGUGGUAAGGGCACAGCGCAAGACAAAAUCAAGACUCUCAGAGAAGCUGGGGCCACCGUGGUAGAGUCUCCUGCAAAGAUGGGUGCUGCAAUGCUCGAUGUCUUCAAGCAGAGGGGCCUUCUAAGUUAGUUUGAAAUAAAUUCAAUACUCUGUUACGUUUUCUCCUAGUACAGUGUGGCAUAAUACCAUACCCCAUGAAUGUGAUGUGAAUUGUGGAAGUUUCUUCCAGCAUCACCUGUCGAAGGACGGGGCAACAUUUUGAUUCCAUGUGAUUAUAUUUUUGCCUGUGCUCUUUCCAUUGAAUACCAAUGCGAUGGGCAAAUGAAAGUGAAAUUUUUUUAUCGUCAUCUGGUGAACUUGAUGAUGAUUUAAUUAAAUGUUUACAUGCAAAAAGUGAACCUGAUCCGAGAUAAAAAUAAAUUUUUGUACUGCUGAGUUGAAUUCUGUAGUAGGUGUGCCCAUGAUUUUGUAAUCAUUUUUACUUUGAAAGUGUGAACUAAGCAGGAAAACAAAAGCCUUGGACAUGGUUUAUAAAUUUCGGAAGUAGACCAUAGUAAGUCCUUC